AAUUUCUAGCUCGCUAUCCUAUUAGGUGCGUUGGGAAAGAAAGUCCCAAGUCUAAACAUUCUUCUUCUUGUUGUAGGUAACCUCUGUAAAAAAUCCUCGUCGUAUUUUUAUCUUGUUUGUCGAGUAAGGCGGUAGACCAAGCGCUUCUCCUGUCCCUGAUCACAGAGAAACAAAUCAAGUAUCUGACAAAAAAUGCCCUCCUCCGGCGCAUCUUCUUCAUCGUCAUCCACCACGGCGGGAGCCGGAGGCACGCGUCGUGAAGAUGUACAAAAUGCGAAGAAGACGCUUUCCGACUUGUUAGUGCGCAGUGCUGGAAAGGAUUACGAUGACUGGCUCGCGGCAAUGGAAAAGAUCGAAGCAGAAACACGGGCGAUUUGUUUCCAGAAGCUUGUGGUGGGGUCAAUGGUACCACUUCUAUUGAUAAUGUAUUUGUUUAAGAGACUUGUAGUAAUACAUAGCAAUAGCUGAUUGUACUUCGAAGGAAAUUGAUUUCGUAGGCCUUACGAAAUUAUUUUAUUUGGCAGGUCAACGCUUGGCAGUUCUCCGUGUUUCACGUGAGGAAGGGGAAAGGUGGCGAUUUUGGUUUGUCCAAGCUGCCGCCGGAUGUGUACGGGGUGAUUCGUGCUUUUGUCGGGCCAGUAUUUAACAACCGAAAGUCGACUUUCAAGACGUUAACUGCUGAGACACUUGUAGACCGUUCAGAACAGCAGAGGGCACGCGACGUGAAGCGAGCUGUGGAGCACGUAUUAGAUCUGCUAGCCCAGCGCGCUGCUAUCGGUUCAGGGUUCCUAGUGCUUUCCCGCGAGAUGGUUGACGCCAUACCGAAAAUGUCGGACGACUCAGCGGCGCCCCUCGACCAGAUUUUUGCUGUUUUGGAUUCCGUGCACGGCUACUCGAUCUGCGAUGGAACAGGGAUGUAUUUCAAUUUGCGGGGAAAUCAACAUCGCUUCAGUGCCGAUGCUUUCCCGUUUCGAAUGGUUUUCAACGGCGCCGAAAAUCCUGCAGAUGAAGAUGCUGCCUACAUGGCGCACCUCGUGAAGGGGCUGCCCGACGUCAGCGGAGGCGGCCGCAUGGGUCACCGCAACGUGGGUCUUCCCGUCGAGUCCGUGUCCUCGUGCGCCACCGCAAGUCGCUUCAUGCUGGUAUUUGAGCAGGCGCUUCGAAAAACCCGGGAGGAAGUUUUGCAGUGGAUUACGGGUCUUGCGGAGGAAGCUUUCUCGAGGGCGGAGUUGUGGCUGGAAAUAACUCAGGAAGUGUACGAAGCGCAGGCUCCGAAACUUCCGGAUGGGCGUGUUUAUCCGAUGCGAGCAGCGCAAGUGAACGACAUGCACCCGGAGGCUUGUGAGGCCAACGAUGAGGACAGCUGGGCGAUUUUCUCGCUCCUAUACGCGAACCUCGGUCUUGUUUGUGCGUUGAGCUUCUACGGAGAAGACGACAAAUGGUUACUGAAAUUGCGAGCUGCAAGAUAA